UGUCAACGUAUUUUCAAUGGUAAUAAACCUAAAUCUAGGAUGGCCCUUAAACUUCGCCACAAGAUUAAACUUGCGAAUCAAAGGAAGUUCCUUUUUUAUCUGUAUCAAAAGAUUUAUACACAGAUCCCUCAUCUGAAAUUUAACAUGAAAUUAUUUAGACGUUUCCCAACCGUUCCUUUAUUCCGUUUUCCAUACGAUCAGAACUGCGCUCUUUUACAUCUUUCUGAAGAUAGGAUUUUUCCUCCUCACAUUACUCCUGCAUUACGCAGUAUCAUCAAUCAGAACUCAGAUGAAGAGGAAGACUCUUCAGCCAACAAUGACAGGGAUGAUACAUCAGAAAACUCUUAUAGGGAUUGGUAUAUCGCAAAUCUUAUUGACAAACAUUAUGGUAAAGUUGCAUCAGAAUAUAUAGAUGCCGUACUUUUAUUACAAGACUCUACAAUUCAGCUAUCCUUGAGAAACGCAUAUAUGCUAGGUUUAGAUGAAGAUCGCAUCAGUGAGAUCAGAGCUCGUGAUCGUCUUAAUGAAAGGUUAAAUGUCAUUAAAGACAUUAAGGAUCAUAAUACCUCCGCGAAACAUUACCUUAGACGUACUAAUGCUAUGGAGUUUUUUACUCGUAUGAAUGAUAAUUUUGAUGACCGCAUGGCCAGUAUUCGCAAAUUUGCGUAUGGAACAUCUACAAAGAAAAGCGUCGACAAACGAACAGUCGCUUCAAAAUGUCUCAACAAUUUGAUAACAGAUUUUGGACAACAAUUCUGGGAUGAACACUACCCUUUAGACCGUACCGCGCUAUUAUUCGCCCAAAUGAUAUUCAAUACGUAAAAGAUGAUCUCAGUGACACCUCCGAUGACACGAAAAUAAUAGAACGUCG